AUGGGUACUGCAAGAUCCAUCAUGGUCUUAGUCUCACUCUUAUUCAGGCUUUUCCUGCUUUUGAGCGUCCCUGUUCGAUCUCAAAGAACAACAACAGAGUUCACUUUCCGAGGUUUUAGCGGGAACGAAUCAGAGAUUCGGAUUGCAGGUGGAGCUGCGAUGAUCAAACCGGACGGGUUACUGAGGCUAACAAACCGAGACCCGAACGUUACCGGUACAGCUUUCUACCACGAACCUGUGAGGUUGCUCGAGACUAGUAGAAAUUCCACAAAUGCGACGGUUGGUUCAUUCAGCACUAGUUUCGUCUUUGUCAUAAUCCCUUCAAGCUCCAGCAACGGAGGCUUCGGAUUCACAUUCACACUAUCCCCGACCCCAAAUCGUCCCAAUGCUGGAUCCGCACAGUACUUGGGAGUUCUCAACAAAGACAACGAUGGAAAUCCGAGUAACCACGUUUUCGCAGUGGAAUUCGACACUGUACAAGGAGCCAGAGACGAUACCGACAGGAUUGGAAACGACAUCGGUCUGAAUUUCAACAGCCGCACUUCGGAUUUCCAAGAGCCUGUCGUGUACUACCAGAAUGAUGAUCCUAACAAAAGAGAGGAUUUCCAGCUGGAGAGCGGCAAUCCGAUUCAAGCUCUUUUGGAUUAUGAUGGACCCACACAAACGCUAAACGUCACCGUUUAUCCGGCGAGGUUGGGGUUUAAACCCACAAAGCCUUUGAUCUCACGGCAGAUUCCAAAACUGUCAGACAUUGUGCAAGAAGAAAUGUACGUGGGAUUCACAGCAGCCACAGGGAGAGGAGAUCAGUCGAGUGCUCAUUACGUGAUGGGUUGGAGUUUCUCAAGCGGCGGAGCAAAUCCGAUUGCAGAUACGCUCGACCUCUCGGAGCUUCCUCCUCCGCCUCCUAAUACGGCCAAGAAGAGAGGCUUCAGUUCUCAGGUCAUCGUCUUGAUCGUGGCUUUAUCGGCCGUUAUGCUCAUCAUGCUUGUGUUACUCUUCUUCUUCGUGAUGUACAAAAAGCGACUGAGACAAGAAGAGAUUCUCGAAGACUGGGAAAUCGAUCAUCCUCGCAGAUUCAGAUACGGCGAUCUCUACGCGGCUACGGAUGGAUUCAAGGAGACUGGGGUUAUCGGAACCGGCGGAUUUGGAACCGUUUUCAAAGGCAAACUCCCGAAUUCCGAUCUCAUCGCCGUGAAGAAGAUAAUUCCAAACAGCAUGCAAGGUGUUCGAGAGUUUGUCGCAGAGAUCGAGAGUUUAGGGCGGGUGAGGCAUAAGAACCUCGUGAACCUCCAAGGAUGGUGUAAACACAAAAACGACCUCUUGUUGAUUUACGACUAUAUCCCCAACGGAAGCUUGGACUCGCUGCUCUACAGUGUUCCGAGAAGAAGCGGCGCCGUUCUGUCGUGGAACGCGCGUUUUCAAAUCGCCAGAGGAAUCGCGUCGGGGCUGCUUUAUCUCCACGAGGAAUGGGAACAGAUCGUGGUUCACAGAGACGUGAAACCAAGCAACGUUCUGAUUGAAUCCAACAUGAACCCUAGAUUGGGAGAUUUUGGACUCGCGAGGCUUUAUGAACGCGGAACGCUAUCGCACACGACAGCACUCGUGGGCACGAUUGGGUACAUGGCGCCAGAACUCGCCCGCAACGGCAAAUGCUCUUCUGCGUCUGAUGUUUUCGCGUUUGGCGUUUUGCUGUUAGAGGUGGUCGCCGGGAGAAAGCCAUCGGAUUCCGGUAAUUUCUUCUUAGUCGAUUGGGUUAUGGAGCUUCAUGAGAAAGGUGAAAUUAUGAGUGCAGUGGAUCCGAGACUCGGAUCUGAUUACAACGGCGGAGAAGCAAGGACUGCUCUCGCCGUUGGUUUGCUCUGUUGCCACCAAAAUCCGGUGUCUCGGCCGUCGAUGAGAGUCGUUCUUAGGUUUUUAAACGGAGAUGAGGAUGUUGCUGAGAUUGACGAUGAUUGGGGACACUCAAAUUCUUCGAGAAGCGAUUUCGGAUCGAAAUUUGUAGAAUAUGUAUCGUCGAAUUCAAUCGCUUCUUCGUUCGUCACGAAAGAUUCUUCAACUUCUCUUGUUAGUGGUGGCUAG